AUGUCACAACAGGUCGCAACCUACAUUUGCAACAACUUCACGCCUUUCUCGUUUGCGGAAACGCUGAGUGCCGCACAAGUGUCGCGCGACGAGGCGUGGGAUUUUGGCUUCCGGCCCAACACCGACGCACAGGAAGUAAAAUUUCUGCUCUCUGCAGCUCACUCCUUAAGUCAAAGCAGUCCUCCGACUACGACUCAACACAGCAUGAAAGACACAAUCUUGAAACCGUUCACAGGUCAUACCAACCACAUCUGCACGCUGUCCUACUCCCCUUGUGGAGCUUUCAUAGCCACCGGCUCAGUAGACUCGACGAUUCGAAUAUGGGAGGCCAAGACAGGUCGUCAAGCGGGGGACACGUUGGAAGGGCACACUGGCCAAAUUCAUGCACUUGCCUACUCUCCUGAUGGACGGUAUCUAGCUAGCGCCUCAGACGACAAGACCCUUAGAAUAUGGGAUACGAACACCUACCAGACAGUUGCAAGACUGCUCGACGACCCUCCGAACUGUGUUCAAGCUGUCCAGUACUCUCUGGAUGGCAAGCUCAUUGCAACUGGUGGUCGGGACAACCUAUUGAAGGUCUGGAGCACCCAUACGCUUGACUGUGCUACGGAACUAUGGCAUCCCAUGAGCGUGAACUCAGUCUCGUUCUCACCUAGCAGCGAGCAUGUUGCCACUGCAUGCCAUGAUAGCUUCGUUCGCAUCUAUGAUGUAGCUCAAAAAGAGGUUAUCCACACUCUCAGUGGGCACCAAGGCAGCGUUCGUUGCGUUCAGUAUUCCCCAGAUGGUAAAGUCAUUGCUAGUGCUUCCGACGAUCUCACCGUCCGGCUCUGGAAUGCCUCAACAGGAGACAUGAUCAAAGGAUUUCUCCGUGGGCACACAUCCUCCGUCUCCUGCAUAGCAUUUACAUGUGAUAGUCGGCAGCUGAUCGGCUCCUCUGAAGACGGAACCAUCCGAGCCUGCGGCGAUGACGGCGGGACCCUUCGGAUAUGGGACAUAAUCACCCGCCAGACGAUCAUGGGUCCGCUUCAAGGACACACAGACGGAGUCCAAUCUGUAGAGUACUCUCCAGAUGGGUCACGCUCACUCGUUGCAAGUGCCGGGGAUGAUCGUGUCCUCAAGCUCUGGGACGCACGUACAGGCAGCUCAACUGCGACAUUGAAGCAUCCCGAAGCCGUGAGAUCAGUCUCAUUCUCACCCAAUGGCAAGCGAAUUGCGACAGCAUGUGACGAUUGGCUCGUCCGUGUUUAUGACGUAGAUGAACAGCAGCUUGUUUUUAUGCUCACUGGACAUCAAGACUGUGUACGAUGCGUUCAACACUCUCCAGAUGGCUACCUCAUUGCCAGUGCCUCUGAUGAUCACACCAUUAGGCUCUGGAGCGCAUCGGCAGGACACCUCCUUGCAUCUCUUCGCGGCCAUGAAUACUCCGUCUCUGGCUUAUCAUUCUCACAUUAUGGUUGGCAGCUGGAUGAAGAGGAUAUCGAGGUCAACACUCUGAUCUCUCUUGAAGUUCCAUCCCUCCGAUUUCCGGUCUCACUCGACCAAGACGCUGGGAGCGUAACGAGAGAAGCUAUCCACACGUUACAGGAAUCACGGCUGGCGGCUCCACCACACACUUUGACCAAUUUACAUACCCUUCAGAAAUCUCCGACCCUAACCUCCCAGGAAAGUCUGAUAGAGUCCGAAAUUGCGGCGGACGAUGAAGGCAGGGGGCAAGAGUCAAGAUCAAAUCCACAGGUGUCUGGGUCUAACGAUAGCUUGGAAAGCUUCAUGAAUAGACCAGCCGUCAUUACAAAUAGAAAUCAAGAUAUGAACGGAUUCUUUGCUGAGGUUGAUAUUGAUGGCAACGCUCGGCGGCCACGCUCCCCUGAAGAUACAGCAAAGAAAACUGUAGAUGACCCGGAAAGAACAACUCCGAUCAUCACGACUUUCAACCUGCUCUUGAAGAAUGUAAUUUUACGUAGCAAUAAAAAAGACAAAUCUGAGUCCGAUGUUUCAGCAUCCGGCGACCAUAGUUUCGCACUCCAAGAUCAAGCGAAUAAGGCGGUGGAAACAGUUAAGAAAACAUGGGCCCGCGCAGCGUCAGCCUGGGAGAGGGCUGAUGCUACUAGGAAAGAUGGCCCAGCGGGGUCGCAAUCGCACUCCAAAAACCCUGCACGCCAAGCUUCGCGCGUCAGGGCCAUAAUUUUUCCUGGCUAUGCCCGACCACGAAAUGUGGCUGCGCGAGAAGAUAAUGGAAGGCGACACAGAGGGGUUCGUACGCAAACUAACGUGGAGGACACUGACACGGAAUCGGAUUCGAGUCAUUUGACGGAUACUGGCGAGGGCGAUCAGCGUAUCGUGGAGGAAAGGGAAAACCCCAGUUCACAUGCAGACGGACGCCCCGAAAGACCUAUUGACGUCACUGGCACCCCUUCAAGUGCAGCAAGGUUGGAGGAGAGCUUCUAUCCAAAUGGUCUUGUGCUCGGCUGCUGUAUCUGCUUUUUGCGCCGACCUACCAAGUCUCGUUCUACUCGUAUGUCUGCGGAGCCGACCGGUGCGGCUGGUCAGAGCUUAGCCCACGUACCCGAACGAAUGCAACCAGCUUCCGCGUAA